UCCGCGCGGGGAUACGAACACUCCGGCGGCUUCUAAUUAAAGACCGGAGCUGGGCCCUCGGGGACCCGCCUGACGUCGGCAGCCGCGGGGAUAAGAGGCGCCCAGAGGUCCGAGGCCGGACUCCGCCAGCCCGCACCCCAAGCCACUGCGAGUUCCGCGCCCGCAGCUCCGAGGCGCCGCGUCCCUUCCCCGCGCGUCCAGUGCGCCCCGCGGCCGGGCGCCGCCGGGCAUGGAGUAGGGAGCCGGGCGCCAGCUCCGGGGCGCGGGGACGGACGCCGGAGGACGCGCACGGCUGCGGGGCGCGGGGACGGGCGACCCGGCCGGGUUCCUGCGCGCAGGUGGCUCCGCGGCUGGCCCCGGGCAGCGAGCCGAGCUCCGGGACCGCACCGACCCCACCCGGCCCGGCCGAGCGCAGAAUGCACGGACCCGGGCGCCCCCUCCUGCUGGGGCUGCUGCUUGUGCUGGGGGCGGCGGGGCCCGGCAGGGGCGGCGCGGAGCCCCGGGAGGCCGCGGACCGACAGACGCUGCUGCGGCUCAUCGUGGAGAUCGUCCAGGAGCUCAGGAAGUACCACUCGGGGGAGUCCAAGAGGCUGCAGCUCUCGGGCCGGCAGGACUACACCCUGGACCGCAGGGAGGUCUCGGACUACGCUUACCCAGAGGAGCAGAGAGUGGAAAUUGUCCCUCGAGAUCUAAGGAUGAAAGACAAGUUUCUAAAACAUCUUACAGGCCCUCUGUAUUUCAGCCCAAAGUGCAGCAAACACUUCCACAGACUUUACCACAACACCCGAGACUGCACCAUCCCCGCAUACUACAAGAGGUGUGCCCGGCUUCUUACUCGGCUGGCAGUCAGCCCGAUGUGCAUGGAGGGAUAAGUGAGCAGAGCUGUGCAGCAGCCCAGGACCCAUGAGAAGUGCCUUGGAGACCAACAGGACAGAACCCACUGCCUUCUGAACACACCCCGUGAACAGAGAUUUAUUUUUGCAGACAGACUCGUCCAUAAUUCCUUUACCUU